UUAGUUAAAUAGGUUUGGAAUAAUAACCCACGCACGCACGCAAUUAUUACUACUGGCAUUGUCAUUACGAUUCACUAUUGUUAAUUAUUAUUUUAAAUCGUACACAACACAAUUCGUAUGGCGAUAUUAUGUGACGUGUAGUGUAAACGGAUCACGGUCGCCCGUAUUCGUUGCGAAAGAUAAUAAUCGAUAGAAAUUAAUGAUCUCCGUCGUCCAGUGGCCGAAAACUCCGCUGCUGCCUCAACAGUGACAUAAUCGUCGUAUUUAGCGUGGCGCUGAUGAACACGCAUGGCGUCAUCGUGUCCGCCGCCGUAAUACGAUCGGCAAUCGUCGAUAACGGCGGGAGAGUCGUUUCGACUUUUUUCCUGCUCUUAUCCGUUUCACUCGAUCGCUAGCCCUACACUACCUCCACCGACGAGUGCAGCGCAGUCCUGAACUAAAGCAAAUAUUAUAGUAUUGUAUUGGAGUGAACUUGCCGCCACCUGAGCUGCUGUCAAUACACGAUUAGCCAACAAAAUAAUUGUGGUCAAAUAUUUGAUGCUUUUUAAGUCACUGUAAAGUGAAAAGUUCUUAUUGCCAUGGGUACUAUUGUAGAAAGUUUGGCCAAUUGUUCAAUAUCCUCUCAGGAUAGAGUAAUUGCUCCUUCAAAUCAAAUUCAAAUUUUUCAACUCAUUGUAACAAUUGAAAGAGCAAAUUUGAAAAAUAGUGGUGGAUUGAUUAAACCGCAUCCCUAUGUUGAACUUAUUGUUGAUGAUUGCAAAAGAAAUAAAACUGAAGUUAUUAAAAAUACAUAUCAACCAAAAUGGAAUGAAGAAUUCACUGUACUUGUUACUCCAUACUCAAUAUUGCACUAUCGUGUAUUAGAUUAUUGCAAAUUUCAAAAAGAUUUGCUUAUAGCUGAAAAGAGUAUUAGUCUUUAUGAUAUUUUAUGUAAUUAUAAUGGUGUCUGUGAUAAUUUGGAGUUGACAAUUGAUUUGAUACGAGCUCGUCAUCAUGAUCAUCAAUCUUCAAGUUCAUCCACUUCUAACAAUUUGGUCAAGGUUGGAGAGUUGAUUACUAUAUUACACGGUUUCCAAAUUGAUAUAUCUCAAGUUUCAAAUCCAUCUAGAGAACCAGGCACUAGUACUAAUAAUCAUCGAGGAUUAUCGGAUGGCAAUUUUAGUAACGGAGUUAGAGCUCGUAGUCGUACCUCGACAACGGCUGUUGUUGCUUCACCGGUUCCAACAAUAGACAUGAAUGUAUCAAAUAAUCUUGUAAAUAAUGCGUUAACAAAUAACAUUCGGACAUCACAAACUCCACCAUCACACAAUAAUUCUGCCGAGGGGGCAAUUACUGUUCAUCACCAAAAUGGUCCUGUUACACUACCAAUAGAAGAACCUUUGCCCCCUGGCUGGGAAAUGAGAUUUGAUUCAUUUGGACGACAAUAUUAUGUGGAUCAUAACACAAAAUCAACUUCUUGGGAACGACCACAGCCAUUACCUACUGGCUGGGAGAUAAGAAGAGAUAGCCGUGGGCGUAUUUAUUAUGUGGAUCACAAUACUCGUACUACAACAUGGCAGCGUCCAAACAUGGAAAGAUUGCAGCAUUACCAACAUUGGCAAGGUGAAAGAGCUCAUGUAGUUCAACAAGGAAACCAAAGAUUUCUUUAUCCUCAGCAUGCUUUAGGAACAGGUUCUGGGCCAAAUAAUAGACAUACAACAGGAGUUCCACCAACCCCUGUUGUUGAAGAGGAACCAUUACCCAGCGGUUGGGAAAAGCGUAUCCAACCUGAUGGUAGAAAUUAUUUUGUUAAUCAUAAGAGUCGCAUUACCCAAUGGGAAGAUCCACGAACGCAAGGGACCGAGUUGAUUAUUGAAAAUUCCGAUUUACCAACUGGUUGGGAAGUAAGAAAAACCACUGAUGGAAUCAGAUAUUUUGUUGAUCAUAAUACACAUACAACUACAUUUGAAGACCCUCGUGCCCAUGUAACACCCAUUCAGUGUUCUACUGGUCCUUAUGGGGUACCUGCUGCUUAUGAAAGAUCAUUCCGUUGGAAAUUAAGCCAGUUCCGGUAUUUGUGUCAAAGUAAUGCAAUAUCAAGCCACAUUAAGAUAACAGUUUCCAGACAAACAUUGUUUGAAGAUUCCUAUCAUCAAAUAAUGAGAUCUGCUGCAUAUGAAAUGAGGAAACGUUUGUACAUAGUAUUCCGUGGCGAAGAAGGCUUAGAUUAUGGUGGUGUUUCACGAGAAUGGUUCUUCUUACUUUCCCACGAAGUACUGAACCCAAUGUACUGUUUAUUUGAAUAUGCUAACAAAAAUAAUUAUAGUCUACAAAUUAAUCCUGCUUCAUAUGUGAAUCCAGACCAUUUGUUAUAUUUCAAAUUUAUUGGACGAUUCAUAGCUAUGGCUUUAUACCAUGGACGUUUUAUUUAUUCUGGUUUCACAAUGCCCUUUUACAAGCGUAUGCUGAACAAAACUCUUACCAUGAAAGAUAUUGAAUCAAUUGACCCAGAAUUUUAUAACUCAUUGGUUUGGAUAAGUGACAAUAAUUUAGAAGAAAGUGAUAUUGAAAUGUACUUUGGAGUUGAUUUUGAAGUACUUGGCCAAGUUGUGCAUCACGAGUUGAUAGAAAAUGGUGACAAAGUGAAGGUUACUGAUGCUAACAAAGAAGAGUACAUUAAAUUAAUGACAGAAUGGAGAAUGACACGUGGCAUUGAAGAACAGACUCAAGCAUUAUUAGAUGGAUUUAACGAAGUAGUAGCAUUAGAAUGGUUAAAAUAUUUUGAUGAACGUGAACUUGAACUCAUGCUGUGUGGCAUGCAAGAGAUUGAUGUCGAAGACUGGCAACAGCACACAAUUUAUCGGCACUAUAAUAGAACUAGCAAGCAAAUUAACUGGUUUUGGCAGUUUGUAAAACAAGCUGACAAUGAAAAACGAGCUAGACUUCUUCAGUUUGUGACUGGAACAUGUAGAGUUCCAGUAGGAGGGUUUGCUGAACUUAUGGGAAGCAAUGGAGCGCAGAGGUUUUGCAUUGAAAAGGUUGGUAAGGAAACAUGGUUACCUCGAUCGCACACAUGCUUUAACAGGUUAGACUUACCGCCAUACAAGAGCUAUGACCAACUAGUUGAAAAACUCAAUUAUGCUAUUGAGGAGACUGAAGGGUUUGCUCAAGAAUGAAACACAAAUAUAUUCAGGUUAAUGUUCCCUCAAUUGUUACGAUUUUAAAUAUAGAUAUAGUAGCAUAUACUAAUAUUUACAAGACCGAACAGUGAUAUCUUGACCUCAUAACAUCAAAUAAUCGGUGAAACCGUAUUUAGCCUUUUAGGGGUUUAAAAUACAUUCCUUAAUUUAUAUUCUGUUUUUAUUUUAUGCAUCGUUAAUUAAUUUUGGAGUUAAAGUGUGUUAUUCAUUGAUGUUUCUCGUUAUAAUUAUUAUAUCUCCCUUUCAUAUAGUUACUAUUACUUAUAGAUUUUAAGAACUCUGUUUUUAUAAAUAAGGCGCAUGUAUGUAAUAAAUAAAUAUAAAAGUACUUUUGAUGUAAUGUAUUGAAUGUAACACUUGAUGUACAAAAAAAAAAAAAUGGAUGGUGGUUAUGAUUUAUGACAAACUUCGAUUUUGGUCAAAGAAAGUGUAAUUUAUAUUUAAAUAAAA